UCUCUCCUUCAGUGAACAGAUUGAUGGUUCCAUGGGAACCUUUAUUGGUCAUGUGUAUCCAGGGCUGUUUCUGUUCUUAUAUGGACUAUAUCAGGCAGUAGUAAUUUCCAAAGCUAUAGUAUUCAGUGACUCUCUCCUAUAUCCUUCAUCCCCUCCCAGGAAUAAGGGAAGAUGUACCAGGCUGUGGAAAAUAUCCUAUGGAGGUUUGUUGAAGAUGGCGACUGGCUCCCUGUUGACAGUUUAUGAGGUCAGUUGCAUUAAAGGAGGGUUGAUGUUGAUGAACAGGGAGCUGCCACCAAGGUUCAUGUACCCCAAAGAGUGGCAGCACCUCACCAUGUUCAUCCUCCUCACUCUCAAUGGCUGUGUGGACUUCAUGAGCAAGAACGUGCUGCCUCAGAGGUGUGUGGGCCUAGAAAAAGGUACCUUGGUCUUGAUCAUCUACGAGCUCCUGCUGCUGAUGGUGUCACAUGCUAAAGACUCAGAAGGGGUGGAGCUGCACGUUCACUCUCUGCUCAUUUUGGUGGUGUUCCUGCUGUUGCUGGUGUUGACUGCACAGCUGUGGGCUCCCAACAUGUGUCAUCUCCAGUUGAUGGAGACCUUUCUGAUGCUGAUGAUGGGCUCCUGGCUGAUGCAGGCAGGCUUUAUUCUAUACAGACCUGUCUCUGGCUACCCAUGGCAAGACGAUGACAUCAGUGACAUCAUGUUUGUCACCACCUUCUUCUGCUGGCAUGUGAUGAUCGAUGCCUCAUUCCUGUUGGGAAUCUAUGGCUUCUCUUCCUUUUGGUAUCAUUGUUACAGUCCAAGCUUGAAGCUGACCAGGUCCAAAGGAGCUCCGUAUUACGCAAGCACUCCAGGACCCCUCUACAAGUUGCUACAGGAAGUGGAGCAGUCAGAGAAAGAAGACCAGGCUGUCCUCCUUGCAAAGUGCUCCACCUGAGACAGGGCCUACAGUGGCUGUCAUGUCGUCCACCUCAUCUUCCUCCUGUGGGCUCCUCAGCCAUGAGCAUGGUACCCUCCUUGGUGAAGGUAAUGGCCUUGAAGGCUAGGAGUUGGUCCUGUCUGCUGGUUCAUUUUCUUUUCUUUUCUUUUUUUUUUUUUUUUUGAGGUGGAGUCUCACUCUAUUGCUCAGGCUGGAGUGCAAUGGCACAAUCUCAGCUCACUGUAACCUCCACCUCCCGAGUUCAAGCGAAUCUCCUGCCUCAGCCUCCCGAGUAGCUGCAAUUACAGGAGGCUGCCACCAUGCCCGUGCUGGUGCAUUUUCUGUCUCUGAGCCUCUAAUUACUGAGAAGAUAAGGGGAGAGGGAUUGAGAAAGAGAUGCUGAUGGGAUUUGAGGGAGGGAAGGAAAAGGACCAGGAGAACAAAUUAGUGUGCAAGAAAAGCCACUGGGGGAAGAGAAUGUAACAGAAGGAAGAGCUGUGAAGGGAGGAGAACAGAGACUAGCAGUUAUGCUGUCACUAGCUUCUUCGUCAGGCACAAGGGAUUGCCUUUUACCUGAGGGAAUCAAGACCUCUCACAACUCACAACUGGACCCAUUCAAGUCCCAUCUUGAUAAAGAAAAGUGGGCACUUUAUGUGCUCACCAAAGUGGUGUCACCACGUGGAAGCAGCAUGAUAGAAUUUAUAAUUAAUUCAUACAGGCUGAAAUUAUGCUCGUUUUGCCUCCUUCUCUUCCCCUAGCUUUCAAGAAUUGGCUUCAUUUCAAAUGUUACAUAUAAAGUGAGACUUUUAAAAUACUUAAUAACAUUUCAAAUUUCCAUAAUUUAAAUUUGUAUAGAAUUCAAAUGCUAUAGCAUUUUUAUAGAAUUCAAAUGCUCGGUACUUUCCUGACUUCUCAUUUUAUUACUCUUACUCUAGCCCAAACUUUCCUAUUUCACCAUGACCACCCUUGCACAAGCAAUUUAGCAGAUACCAUUCUUGGGUCUUUGCAAAUUUCUUUUCCUUGCAUAUCACAGUCAGUCAUACUACAGUCACAUAUUUACCGUGUUAUUCGAUUCCCAGAAUAAACCUACAUCCACCCCCACCACACCGAGUACCCCCAAGGUGGCCUUCUCCAGAACUCUUAUUGAUUCCCUUGUUUUGGAACUCUUGGGCACUUACAUUAAAUCUGCCUUGUUAUUUUGCUCAUACAGGUGACACACUUUCUUUUAUACUGCUGCUGAAAUCAUUUUCUUUUAGGAGGUUUUUCCUCACCCACUAAAGUAGAGGCUCCUAAAGGGAAAAGGCUUUGCCUUAUCCAAGUUACCAAAUUUCCUAUGUAUACUCCAGCUAUGGAUCAUGGUUAUGUUUAAUAAAGGCUUCUUUGCUUCCA